UCGGUAGCAAUCGGGUCCAGUCGUUCCUUCCGUGCGGCGUGCCGGUGGAUCACGUGUGUGUGCUCACCGCCGAAAGUCCCGCAGAGGUAGCUUACUCAUCGGUCGGAGUGAGUGGAUUUCGUAGUGCGGUUUUUGGCGGUUAUUUUUUUUGUUUAAAUUAUUUAAUUCGAACGCCGAUUGUUUGAUUCCAUUUUCAAAAAAUAAACAAAAUAGAACACGUGAUAUUAUACAUUUCGUUUAACCGUACGGACGGCCGAGUUUUAGCGAUCAUAGCACUCAAUGUCAUUGAUGUCUUAAACGUAAUGUCAUUCAAAGUAUCAAUCAAUAACAUUUCUUCUACAGUCAUAAAUUUUGACGGUUAAGGAAGGUCCAAAAUCAAAAAUCCAUUGAAAAAAUAACGAACGAGGAAUCGAAUUGAAAGUUCACCGUCAUACUUUACACAGACAUGGAAAACAUUCAGUGACUUAGCUCUAGUUAAACAGAUUCUAAAAGCUGCAGAAAUAAACAAUAUUUAAGGAUCGAAGCAUUACAAAAAAGAAAUGCAUCAGUCGCUAAAAUGCAACGCAGGAAAUGACGAGUGGUGGUCGGUCGAUCCACACCGUGGACAAACCGAUAAUCUGGGACAAUCGUCUUAGUAAUCGACAGUGAUGAGUAACGACACAACAGUGAAAAUAUAAAAUAUAGUUAUCAGAUAUUUAACAAAAUAUAUAUAUAUAUAUAUAUUAAUACUUAAGUCAAGGCCUGCAGUAAACGCAACAUGGAGACCGUCACUGUUGCCGAAGAAGAACUGACAACUAUGAAGUACGUCAAUGCGACGCCUGAGUUUACAAAAGAAGAGAUAAACUCGUUUUUCUUCUACGAAACCAUACAGUUUACAGUCUUGUGGAUUUUGUUCUUGUCGAUCGUGCUAGGCAACGGAGCCGUACUGGUAGCCUUGUCGUUCAAUAAAGCCCGCAAGAAUCGAAUGAACUUUUUUAUCAUGCACCUGGCACUAGCUGACUUAUUGGUGGGACUGGUGAGCGUAAUGAUCGACAUGAUAUGGAGAACGACUGUCACCUGGUCAGCUGGUCCGAUUGCUUGCAAAGUCGUCAAGUACUUACAAGUGGUCGUCACGUAUUCGUCUACAUACGUCCUGGUCGCCCUCAGCAUCGAUAGAUACGACGCCAUCACGCACCCAAUGAAUUUUUCUAGCAGUUGGCGUCGAGCCAGAGCAUUGAUCGGAUGUGCUUGGAUAUUGAGUUUCGUUUUCGCCGUACCCAGUGUAUUUAUCAAUGAAGAAACAAUAAUACAAGGUCGUACUCAGUGUUGGAUCGAAAUGUCACCAUGGCAAUGGAAACUAUAUAUAAGCAUAGUGGCGACAACGGUGUUUGUGGUGCCGGCAAUAGUCAUCAGCGGAUGUUACGCUAUUAUCGUGUACACGAUUUGGUCCAAAAGUAAACUCCUGUCACCGGCCAAAAAUAACACGCUACAACGUGGCGCCAAAAAGCCUGAAGAACACGAUAUCAGAAGGUCCAGUUCACGGGGCAUCAUACCGAAAGCUAAAAUCAAGACCGUAAAAAUGACAUUCGUUAUCGUAUUUGUAUUCAUUCUGUGCUGGAGUCCGUAUAUAGUGUUUGACCUGCUACAAGUAUACGGCUACAUACCAAAAACGCAAGCGAGCGUGGCCCUCGCAACAUUCAUACAAAGUCUGGCGCCGCUGAAUUCCGCCGCCAACCCCAUCAUAUACUGCUUGUUCUCCACUCACAUUUGCAGAUCUCUCAGGCAAGUCCCGCCGUUCAGAUGGUUGUUGUGUUGCCGGAACGGAACACAAGAGCAACUGAGCUACACGGAAACACUAACAUCGUCUAAUCGACAGGUGAACACGUCUCUGCUGCGGAACGCCACCGUGCACGUGCACUCGGUGGUCAGGGCUCCCGUCUUGGACCGCAUGGGCAUAUCGACGGAGAAAAACAGCUACGCCGAUUCGCUGCUUUAAGACGGCCGGGACAGCGCACUCCGUGCACCCAACGCCGUAUUACUAUUAUUAUUAUUUUUAUUAUUAUUUUAAUGAUUGAUAAUAUUUAUGAAUAUAACAUAAGAAUAUAUUAUUAUUAAUAUUCUGUCCCUCCCCGUCCCUUUGUGCGAACGCGUAAUUAUAUUAUAAGCUAUAUACAACCAUAUUAUAUAUAAUAUACAUUUCUAUAUAAUUAUUAUUAAAACAUUAUUACAUUAUUAUAAUAAAAAUUACUAUAACUACCUAUUAUUAAUUAUAAUUAUUAUUAUUAUUAUUACUAUAAAUAUUAAUUAUGACUAUACGACCAUAAGCGUUAAGUUAUAUUCUGUCGACUGACUUCCCCCCUAAAAAAUAUAAUAUUAUAUUAUGUGUACAAACCUUCGAUAUAUAAUAUUAUUAUUAUUAUUAUUAUUAUUAUGAUUAUUAUGUAUUCCUUAUUGUUGCCUGGAUUCCUAUUCGUACUUACGUCUUUAACCAAUAUUAUGUAAAUACUUUUUGUUUUAAACCAUCGUUAAUAAAAUACAAUAGCUUAAUAACCACUUAA